AGUCAAAUGAGAUGAGUGUUUUUAUGUUGCAAAUCUUGAUUUCUUGUUAAUGAAGGAAACAAAAAGAACAUCAUGACCUAAUCUUGUCGAUUAAGAGUUGGUGACUUGGUGGUGGUAUCUUCUUCGUCACACCUAACCAUUUAUGAACCCACAUAACAAACGGUGUCGUUUGAGCUCAUCAACAUCAUCUACAUAAUUUAAAGAGAAAAAUACACAUGAAAAAAAAAAGAACUCUCUCCCUCACAUGGCUCUUCCCUUAAACCGCGUUAGAUCGUCGUCUAUCUUCACGUUCACUGUUUCAUUCGUCUUCAUCUUCGCCGGAAAAUCAUUCUCCCAAGGCAUACGACCUUCCGAUCAUGGCCUACAGUACCAGUUCAGCUCACCACCGACUGAAUCUCACUCACCUCCCGGUAUAGUGAUGUCCUUCUUCGGAGAUUCCCAUUCUCCUCCUCCUCAGCUCCUCCCAAAAGCUUCGGAAGCAGACGGCGACGAUGACUCGUGGUGGCGUGACGGAGCCGCGAACAGACGCGAUCACGUGAUGAGGCACGUGUUUCUUGCGGCCAGUAUCAUCUGUGGCGUCUCCGGUGUUGCGCUGCUUGUGGUUUUCACUUUGGUUUACUUCUUUAGGUAUCGCAAAAAAAAUCCAUCGAACUUACCGUGUAACGAUUUAAAGUAGAAAAUUCGAUUUUGAUUUUUUUGAAAUAUGAUUUUUACCUUACGUGUAUAUUACACGAAUUUUUAUUAUUUUUAUUUUAAAAAAAAAACAUAAAGAGCACUUUGCUUUA